AUGGCAGAGGUUCAGUUGUGCCGAAGGUGCAAACAAAACGUGGCAUCGGUAGUUUCUAGACAGGAUAGUUUCUGCAAUGAAUGCUUUGUUAGGUUUGUCUCAUUGAAACCCCGCAAGCAGUUGGUUCUGGAUGGGUACUAUCAGGAUAUUUUUAAAGUAUUAUAUGCUGAUAAGCAGCGAUCUGCGGAGGAGGCAGAUUCAGAAAAUGGUCGUUCUACCGUUUUGGUUCCUUUGUCUCUUGGUUCGUCGUCGCUGGCAAUGCUGCAUAUCUUGGAUAGGGUUCUGGCAGAGCAAAAGGAGAUGCAUCGUGGAAAGGUGGGGUUUAGGGUUCAUGUUUUGGUUUGUUAUUUUGCCGGGGAAUUGUAUGAUAUGGUGUAUAGGUUGAAUAGGCUGAAGCAGGAGAAGCUGAGCGAUAAUCUGGAUUGCAUCAGUUUUUCCUUACUAGAUGUAAAUCAGUUUUUCACUCAUGCUGAUGAAAUGCAUUCAAUUCUGUUAGACUACGAAGAUUAUACUGCGAAAUGUGUGGAGCAUCGAUCUACUUACUCCUUGACGGACCUUUUGAGCGUAUGCCCGAAUAAGUCUUCUUGCGAAGAUGUUAUCGGUAUGGUUAGGACGCAUCUAAUAAAGUCGUAUGCCUGCCAAAGGGGAAUGAAGGCUAUUUUGUGGGGUCAUUCGAUGACCAGGGUUGCCGAUGAGAUCAUCUCACUAGUUGUUAAGGGACGAGGUUCAGAAAUCGCUACGAAGCUGAAUACUACCGAUAUGGAUUCGGAAUUUGGCUCUACGUUUAAAAAUCUUUAUCCAUUAAAGGAUGUUCUUCUUUCAGAGGUAGAUGCUUAUUGCCAUAUAUCUGGUUUAGGCCCAUAUAUAUACAACUAUGAUCUGCAAGACACUCUACUUAUUACUAAGCUAUAUGAACACGGUGACAACCCCAAACCAGUUAAAAUGGCAAAAAAUUUGACAAUUAAUGAAUUGGUGAGGCAAUAUUUUGAUUCGAUUGAGAGUGAUUACUCGAAUGUGAUUUCCACUGUUGUGAAAACGGGUGGGAAGUUUGAUAAACCUGUAAAUAUGCUGUCAGAAGAUAGCCGCUGUAUAUUGUGCCACAGCAAUGUUCAUGUAGACGGACCAUCUUGGUUGAAGGCUAUCACGGUGAAUAAAGGCCAUCCGGUAGAAACACAAGAAGAAGAGGAAUUGUUACAAAUGUGGGAAAGCCAACUGGGUGAGCAAUCUGCUAAUUUAAAUUUAAAAGCGCAAAUAUGGUGCGCCGGUAAGGAUGCGCAGUUGUGUUAUGGAUGCAUUGUUAUUUUAAAUGGUUUUAAAAAUAGAAACAUAAUUUGGCCAGCCACAGGGGAACAAGAACUGGCUGAAAUAUUGGAAGAAUUUGUACUUACUGAUAAUGAUGAGGGCUAA